AAUUAUUUAAUGAAUUUGCCGUAGGUGUUCAAUGUUUUCACAGAUAACAACUAAUUUGAAAAAUUCCUUGAAGAUCUUGUGGCUGAUUGUGUGCAUGGAAUAAAACUGCCAUAUUUAAGUUAAUUCCCUGAAAUAAAUCAUUAUAAUCUUAUUAUUGAGGCUCAACAAUUCAUGCAGCAAUUCAGUGAGUAUUUGCUUGAAAUGAAUAACUAAAAUAGGGAAGAAGUACAAUUCAUUAUUAUCAUACUACCAGGUUCAAAGACUAUUAGAAAAAUUAAAAUCCCAAAUAGAUCCGGAAAAGCACCAGAUAUUUACAAGGAUAAUAAGUGAGAAUUUCAAAGGUAUGUGUAAAUAAGCAUUAUAUACUCACAUUUCGUUAUCUAAAUAUGUUUUAAUUGAUUAUAAUUGGAAUUUGAAUGUAGAUUAUAUUAAUUCUAUAUAGUUAACAAUAUCUUCAAGUAAAAUGGCUAAGUCAUAGAUUCCAACCAUAAUUGUGGAAUUUCAUUUACAAACCUUGGAUAAUAUUGCAAAUAAAAAAAAGAUAAGAUUUGAGAUGACCAAGGAAGAACUCGAAUAGUUUGUAGGUAAAUUAUAAAAAGUUAUGAAUUAAUUG